CAUACCCUUUAAUAAUUUACCUGAACACACCUGAAUUUCCACCCACUGAAAGUUGUUACACAAUAACAAUAGAAGUAGGAAAACGAUGUAAGAGACAUUCCAUAAAAUUCCCAAAUUCAUUGUUUGAUAAGCGUUGAGGUUAGGUGAAGAAGAGCUGUUUACCAUCWAAGCAAUAGAGCUGGKACACAAAGAAAGAAACAGACAAUGUGAUGUGACUUCAGUCAAAGUAAAAACACUCAAUCAAGCAUAGACACACUGACAGAUUCACCAAGACAAACGGACGAAGUCUGGAGACAUUGAACACCUAAAAAAAAAACUAUGUCUGAGAUCCUGCCGUCAAACCUGGAGCUGCUAGAAGACAGCCCCUCCAAAACCAGACGGGUGACUGCUGAACSCCAACCCCCAACAUGGGGGGAAGAGGAGAAGGUGAUUAAAGAAUUGGGGGAAGAUUUGGAAAAGAGGAGGGAAGGAGUGGUGGAGGAAGACGAAAUGGUUAGUUCGGCUAAAUUGGAGCCUACCACUCUGCGAUGGCCGGGUGACAGGGAUGUAGAGACAACUACAAAGAACAGAAGUGCAUUGACUGCGAAAGAAGAUAAGGGAAGGGGAAAGAGGGAUGACCCUGAGGGAGAGAGGAGGAGGGUGUACUCCAUGUGCACCUCUCUUCACGAAGGAGAAAGCCAGAUGGAGAGUGAGAGAGGGCUGGAUUUGGGAGCAGAGAGAAUGAGAAUGGAGGAAGAAUGGAUGGGGAGAGAGGUGCAGCACCCAGGGCUGUGUAAGAGAGGGGAGAARGUGCAGGUAGAGAUAGAGGUGGAAGAUGGUAUGAACUCUUUGCCUGAGAAGGCAGCGCAGGUCUUCAACCCAUCCGUCACCAUCCUACACUCCUCUAGYGCUCCGACGUCUCCCAGAGAUAGGGAGGUAUUCUGGGAUGUGGACGCAGAGAAGAGCCUCCUCCUCAUUCCCCAGGGAACCCCGCCUGAUGGCUACUACCACGACUGGCCAGUGGAGCGGGGGUCCUCAAAAUUGUGGGGGGGCUAUGUCUUCCUGCCUUUUGAUGCCCCACUGCUGGACAGUGCCCCCCUCAGGCUGGUCUACACACUGCGCUGCUCUGUCUUCGCUGUGGUGCCCAUCAUACUGGGCUGGAUGGUGCUGGGURUCUCCAGGAUGCGGUUGGGGGAUGUGAAGCCGCUGCGUGAAUUGGAGGCCAGGGAAGUGGGUGUGCACCGGCGCUAUGUGGAUGACUCCGUCACCCUCUUUCUGCUCUACUUCCUGCAGCUAGCCGUAAUGGCGCCCUACCUGAGCCAGGACCUGCUCAAACUGGUGCCCCUGCUCACCAUCAUCUUUGCCUUCGGCAGGCUGAUGUACUGGGUGGCAGCUGCACUGGGCAGCAGUGUUCGGGGCUUUGGCUUCGGCCUGUCCUUCCUGCCCACCGUGGCCAUGCUGGGUGCCAAUCUCUACUUCAUCUUCACCAUGGACGCUGGGGGCACCAUCUUUGCCCAGGAUGUGGUGCACCAACAAGACCAACCCMCAGCCUCCCGCCAGAGGUUCUGGGGAUAGGAGGAUGGAGGAAAGGCUGAAGGAAUGGAAGGAUGGGGAAGAGAGACAGGAUCUGUUUUACCAACUGGUAGAAUUUAACUUUCAAAGGGUUACUAUGUAAACUGUAGUGGAUYGUGCUAGUGUGAUUUUAAACCACACUGAUGAUGUGUAGAAUAGACUGGGCAGUGGUAGUCAGUGAUAGAGCAUGUACAAACAGUUAUUGGUGAAAGUUUCUACGUUAUAAUUCAUCUUCUUGCAUGGCAUUAUACCGUCACUUUGGUGAAACAGUAGAAUGCAUUCUGUAGAAGAUMUGCUAAUCGACAGAAUGUCCGUUAAGUACCAUGGAAUAAUGUUGAAAUCACAAUUGUCGGCUCAAUGCAGAGUUAAUGAAAAUAGUUUGUAGUUCCACACAGAAUUGUGCCACUUSGGGAAGUGUCUACAAUAACCAAACCAUUGCCUUCCUCAGAAAUAUCUAGCUAGGCCUGCUGCAGACAAAUCAUUUGCUGAACUGUACUGUUUGGUUUGACAAUUAUCUGUACUUGAGGCAUCCUGUAAUCGAUUGUUUUGCAUUUGGUUAUGAAUCUGGUAUUACAGGCUAAUUACAUUAAUUGCAUUGACAUUUGGGACCUAAUAUCAGGUUUAUAGAGAAAAAACUAAGACGUCCUCUAGACCUUCUAGUCAAUCAAUUUCCUAUUGAAAAUGUUCAAUACAACCAAACACAAAAUCAUGUUCUGUGAUAAGGUCAUCGACUACUGAGUGGACAUUUUGUCUCAUAAUUCCAUUACUGUAUUGCCUUUUAAAAGGACGUCCACACAUUAGCAAUGCCAUGUCAUUAUAAGAGCUAACAAAUAAUUUUAAGAUAAUUGAUUUGGUACAAAAAUUUUGACAUUGAGACCCAUUUCAUUAUUGGAGAAUGUGGAUUGCAUGGCUUUUUGUGCACCCAAAAAAUGGCAACCUUGUUAUAGAAAUCAAACCUGUCCAACAAGUACCUACCUGCACAGGUGGCCCAACCUCCAUGCCUUCAUCUCUGAAAGCUAAUCCUUUCACAAUACAGCACAGCUCUGUAAGAGUGAUUGUGAAUGGAGUUGUUACUGUAUU